GCCAUCACCAAGUCUCUGAAAAUUUCUUGUAUUUACCUUAUUCGAUUGGGUCAACUGACAAGAGUUGGACGGCGCUGGAGCUUUGUUGCCUUGUCCGUCAUCGUAUCGCGUCUCAUCACUCCACUCAAGCCGAGAAGGAAGCCCAACAUCCUAGCCAGCGUCAUGUCCGCGCAGCAGGCUGAGACCGAGGAAUCGUUGGCGCCCAAGUCCAAGCGACCUUCAGAUUCGGCUUUCAAGCAGCAGCGCUUGCCCGCCUGGCAGCCCGUCCUCACCGCACGUACUGUCCUGCCCACCUUCUUUGUGAUCGGAGUGCUCUUCAUACCGAUCGGAGUGGUACUGCUCCAUCUGUCCAACACCGCCAACGAGAAGAUCAUCGACUAUACGAACUGCAAGCCUGUCAACUCGACCAUAAGCUGUGCCGUCUUUCUGGAGAACAAUCCUGGCGGCAAGUGCACCUGCACCCAAAACUUUACCCUCGACAAGGACUACAAUGGCAAUGUUUACAUGUACUAUGGCCUGACCAACUUCUACCAGAAUCAUCGGCGCUAUGUGAAGUCGCGGGACGACGAGCAGCUGCUCGGCCACCUCUCGCAGACCCCCAACUCGGACUGUAGUCCCUUUGAUUACAAUCCGGAGACACAACAGCCCAUUGCGCCCUGCGGUGCCAUCGCCAACUCACUGUUUAAUGACACUCUGUCCCUCAGCCAGGGUGGCGUUCCAAUAACACUAUUGAAGACUGGCAUUGCAUGGCCAUCGGAUAAGCGCGUCAAGUUCCGCAACCCGGAGGGUAAUCUCCAAGAGGCACUCAAGGGCUUCUCCAAGCCGCUGUUCUGGCAAAAGGAACUCUACGAUCUAGAUAGAGAAAAUCCGGAGAACAAUGGCUUCCAGAACGAAGAUCUGAUUGUGUGGAUGCGAACCGCGGCACUGCCUAGCUUCCGGAAGCUCUACCGCCGGCUAAACCAGACGGAUGAAAAGUAUUCCAAGGGUCUCAAGGCCGGCGAAUAUACUCUCACCAUCGAUUAUUAUUAUCCGGUGGUCUCGUUUGACGGCACCAAACGUAUGAUUCUCUCCACCACCUCGGUGCUGGGCGGAAAGAAUCCGUUCCUGGGCAUUGCCUAUAUAGUGGUGGGUGCGAUAUGCAUCACCCUGGGCCUGGCCCUCUUGUUCAUCCACAUGCGAUGCAGCCGCAGCGUUGUGGUUCAGUAGUCGCGGAAAUCCAUACUUCAUCCAUCCAUCAAAACCUCAUGGGGCGGUGCGCGAUAAGUAUUCAAAAAUUAAAAACAAGAAAAAAAGAUCCAAAGUUGAAGUAGCGAUUAGCGAACUUAUCGGGCACUGGCCAAAAAAAAAAAAUAAUAAUAAUGAUUGACACCCGAAGCAAUGUUGGCCAAAGUCUAAUCUAAGGUACUUACUCCUACUAUUUCCGUUUUCGCAGCAGCAACAUGGAGAUGAUCAACGUGAACCCGCACACGCAGUACUCCUAGGCCCUGGCGUACUCCCGGAUGCCCACACACCUAGCCUUAGUAGAUACAUCUGUUUAAGAGCCUGUUUUUCAGCAUAAAGUAGUUUCUAUUGACCAACUUCUGCACUGCAUUCUAUUCUGUCCUGUUCUCUGUGUGCAUAUGUGACCGGAUCUGUGCCUUUUUUUUUGUUAAUCCAUCCAUGUAUCCUGUCUUCUGUAUCCUUGUUCUUCGUGAUCUUUUUUUUGUUUUGUUUUGUUUGUUGAUAACUAAUGAUACCCAAUGAUACCGACUUUAUAUAACAUUAUCCAUACACACAUCGAGCCAACUUUCUACCAAAUGCAAAGUAUUUAUUGUGCCUGUGACCUGAUUUGUAUAUUGCCCGAUUAUCGCGUUUAUACGCGAAACCAAAUAAACCCUGUUAAUGGCAAAUAUGCAUUUUAAUCCGCGGGUCCUUAUCACUUAGAAUAGUAAGAAUUUACUAACUAAACCUUUAAGUAACUUAAGGUUACUAGAAAAUAAAAAAUAAAUAAAUGGCAAGACGGCAAGAGGGGCACUCGACACUCGAACUCUGUCAUUGGGCAGUUCCUUUGGUUUGUAAACUUUAAGAAAGUUUUUAAUAAAAUAAACACUAAAAUCAUA